AUGAAGGAGAAUUCUGUCGACGCGGAUGACGCUACGUUCGAACUUCGCGCCAUGUACGCGCGCGUUCGAGCGCUCGCGCGCGAUGAAUCGGCGCUGUGGAGACACUUGAAGUGCGACAAUGACAUCGUGCUUCGGUUUAAGACGAACGGGGAGGCGAACGGGGAUGAUUCGGUGCGGAGAGAAGUCGAGACGCGGUUGAGACGGGAGCGAGACGGGGCGUACGUGAGCAUGGAGGACGUCGCGUUGAACGGGGAGGAUUUCGAUGUUGACGUGGUGUACGGACGAGACGUCUGGGCGCGUGGGCGAGUGCGACGAUUGGAGAGCAGGGAGUGGACGAUGCGGUUGGUGGCGACGCCGGCGCGCGGAAUCGGAAGGUCUCGCGAGGCCGAAAAGGCGGUUUCGAGAGAGAGCGAGAGCUCGUUCGAGGUCGAGAUCGGUUUGAUCGGAAUGUCGCGGAAGGAGCAGGUGUGCUUGGUGAGUCAGGUUGAGCUCCCGAUGCAACGCGUGGCGCCGUCGCCGCGAACGCCUCGCGGCGUCGCUGUGGUGGGCGAGACGAGCGCGAUGCUUCCGGCGAUCGACGAGCACGCCACCGAGCGCGCCGAAUCCAAAGCCGUGGCGAGGCAGCAUCACAAGUACUCGUCGUGGAGAUCGACCUCGCUCCUAGGUGGAGGCGAUUUGGAGAGUCUCGCUAUUCUCAGUAAGAUGCGCCAGCGAUACGAAUCAAUCAUGGACUUCCCGGAUGAGUACCCGGUGGAGCCGAUGAAACUGAGCUGGUUUGAGGCUUCGCUCCGUCUCGGCAUCGGCGUCGGUCUCGGCGCCGUCCUGGGCGUCGGUCUCGGCGUGGGCGUCGUCGUGAACGGAUUCCGAGCCAUCGGUUCCGGACGAAUCUCGCCGACGGUGCGCUCGCGAAAGAGCUCCCUCGAAAAUUUGGACCUGUGA